GAGAACCCUUUCGCUGUUCUCCCUCUCUCUGCCCCCUCUCCUCGCCGGAGACGACAUCAUAUCCGGCCUUUUUCCGGCGAUUUUGAUUGCCGUUCAUCACUUCACUCUCCUCUUCUCAAAUAACAGAACGAUCUGUAUUCGGGGUAUUCCCUGUGAUAAUACUUAUCUCAUGGAGGAAAAAACCAAGAAGAAAAGGUCUAAGAUUGACCUAAGUGAUUUGGGAAGUAGUUUUGAUUUGGAUUCAAGUAAAAGAAAGAAAAAGGAGCCCAAGGAGAGGGAGAAAAAGCAUGCAACUGACAAAAUACUCAAGUCAAAUGAAUCCCUCGAGGAAGAUUGUACUGUUGAAGCAGCUGACAAACAAACUUGCUCUGUUGAAGGGAAUGUCACACUCAUGUGUAAUGAGGAAGAAAAGAGCCCUGAAAAUAAGAGUAAGAAGAAAAAAGAGAGAAAAGGUGUUGAGGUAACAAAUAGUAACAUUGCUGAUAAUCAAGAAGUGCAGGUCUUGGAUGUCAACCAGGAAAGCAAGAUGAAGAAAAGAAAAAAAAUUGAUUAUUCAUUAAAUGGAAUGCAAGAAUUGAUUUUUUCAAAACCAAGCAAAAGAAGUAAAAUGACAGAAGAUAAUGAGUUAGAAGGCAACGAAGGUGAAGAUGAUGACCAAGGCAAGAAGAAGAAGAAGAAGAAGAAGAAGAAGAAACUGUGUGAACAAAGCAAAAGGAAGGAGCAUGGUGAGUUCAAUAGCAAUGAAGGUGAUUCACCUUUGACUAGAGUUGAGUCAAGAGAUGAUAAUGCAGGUUUCAUUGACACUGAUGUUGAUGAUCAAAGCAAAGAGAUGAAGAUAAAGAAGAAAGUUGAGGCGGAUACUGCUGAAUCAACUAACCCUGGUUCAUCUAAACGCAAACGGGUAACUUUUUCUGAUAAAGUGGAUGUUUGUUGUGAUGGCUUAGUGCGUGGGAAAAGGUUUACGCCAAAAGAAGAUGAGAAGAUUAAAUUGGCUGUUUAUGACUAUAUAGAGUCUCAUGGUUUGGGAGACGAAGGUCUAGACAUGAUUCUCCAUUGCCAAUCUCAUCCUGAAGUUAAAGAUUGUUGGAAGGAAAUUGGAGCAGCCUUACCUCAGAGGCCUAUGUAUAGUGUGUAUUAUCGGGCUCAUAUUUUGUUUGAAAGAGAUGAGAAGCGUAAGUGGACACCUGAAGAGCUUGAAUUUUUACGGAAGGUCCAGGAACAACAUGGAUCUGAUUGGAAAUCAGUAGCUGAAGCAUUGGGUAAACAUCGAUUUCAUGUAAAGGAUGCAUGGCGCAGAAUAAAAUUAACAAAUACAAAUAAAGGGCGAUGGACCCAAGAGGAAUAUCAAAAAUUAUUUGAUUUAGUAAACCUGGAUCUACGUGCGAGAGCUUCAGAUGGUUAUAGAAAAUCAAAACAUGGUAUGUUGCGAGAUAAUAUUGGUUGGGAGGCAAUUGGUGAUAAAUUGGCCACUAGAAGUAGUGCACGCUGCUGCAAAAAGUGGUAUGAGCAAUUAACGUCACCUAUGGUUGCUAGUGGUGCGUGGAGUGAUACUGAUGACUAUCGUCUGAUUAGUGCUUUAUUUACUCUGGAUCCUUGCACCAUGGCAGAGGUAGAUUGGGACAAUCUGCUUGAGCAUAGGCCUGGUGAUGUAUGUAGAAAACGAUGGAACCAAAUGGUUCAAUUUAUUGGACAGCAUGGGGGGAAGCCAUUUGGUGAGCAGGUUGAAAUUCUUGCAAAAAGAUUUUGCCCUGACUUAUUGGAAGUGAGGGAGGCCUUUGAUGAAAAACCUCUGCGAUGUUGACAUUAUUAUCCUAUUGGGUAGAGUGAUUUUGUAAAAUGGGAAUAUGUAUUAGUUUAUGAUUUUGUUGUUUUUGUGGGAUCAUUCAACAUAUCAAAUUGGAUUCUGAAUUGCAGUUUUAGGGUAGUUUAUAGCAGUGUUUGCUUGUAAUGGAUGAAUUUCACCCUUCUUUUGUCCUUAGUCCAAAGUUGGAAGUUAUUUAAACAUGUUUUUUUUAUUAAUGUGACAGUGUAAGUGAAAGUUUGAUGCUACUUAUGGCUGCUUGUUUGAUUUUGGUCUAAUUAGUUUUGCUAAUUCCAUCGUGAACUUCAUUUGGUGAUAAAUAAAUCUUUUGGG